AUAACUAACAUGUUGUCGAAUAACGGGGAAAGAAGCUUGGAGAGAAUUGCAGCCUUCUCCAUAUUAUCCUCCCACCUAGCUCACACACGUCCAGCCUGCUCUACUCUGCUCUGCUAUUCGGAGGGAUAUGUGUCCGGAUUAUUUUCUGAUGCGUGUCUGGUACAUGGACUUUCCUGCAGCUGGUUGUUUCUGGGCCUUUUCCCCUCUCUCGUCCAUGGCCGCUCCUACAUACAUCCUUGUCCAAAGCAAUCCUUCUUCUCAUAACAAGGGCUAUCCUAGGACUUUUGGCCUGACGAAAAGAGUUUACCUCGAAACUAUAGUUAUCUUUCCCCCCUCAAAUCUCAGUCAAGACUCGGCGCCAGCAGAUGCACUAAUAUGUUGGCCGUUGGUGGGAAGCAAGGCGGAAGGCACAUCAGUGGGAGCUCAUCCGCGUCGAUCGGCCGUUGUGUACCUCAAACAUGCGGGAAGACGAUAUCACCGCCACCUCAAGGGUACUUGUACUUUCAACCACAUUCCCAUCAACCGCCAGUCAUUCACCGCUCAGCCAAUACCCUUGCCGGGAUUGUUUGUGUGGCGCGGCUGCUUCAUCCUCCUCAUUUCACUACCACCGUUUAGCGCCAUAGCUCACCAGAAUCUGUCAUUGGAGGGAGGUCAUAUGUGUCCUAUCCAGUCCCAAAUAUAGAUUAAUGCGCUGAGCGUACAGAGCACCGUUCGAGCAUUGCAUACCGCCAGAGAUCGAGGCAUUGUUGC